CGAUGCUUCCGCGCAGAGGAAACCAUCUUGCCCGAGAGCGCUUCAUCCUGCUCUCCGGACCAAACCCCCGAAGUCCCGGUGUCCGCUCCACUCAUUACUUCCUGCCCGUUGGUAUCUCUUCGUGAUACUUCGCCAAAUGAUCCAGUCAAUUCCACCGAGCAAACGAUCCCAACUCCACAACCUGCAGCCUCUUUAACGCAAGGACAGAUGAAGAUGUACAGAGAUCAUCGCUGCGAGGGUGAGGAGCGGCCGGCAUCCCUUUGUCAAUCUCAGCAGGUAUCUGGACCGCGAGAAGGAAAACAGAGCCACGAGUCCAGGGUACAACAACGAAUAGGCUGAUUUCCGGCAACCGCCAGGAUAGAUUGCUGCUGUAGAAGGAUGCCAGCGGCGCGGGUGUCUCCCGCCAUCGAGCACCACCCGCUGCCGCCGGCUUCCCGUCUCCCUGCCCUCAACAGCGACCACGACGACCUCGUCUUCUACCGCCAACGUGAUGGAUUGGGCAUCACGUCUUCCAGCGAGGAGGCUCCCAGCGAAGCCACCACCUCGUCCUUAGCGUCGCCCUGCCCUCUGGUCUCCCCUUACCAACGACUUCUGGACGCCCUCAACCACGACGAUCGGUGGCAGAAGGACGUCGCCCUGGGACGGCGCGUCGGGUUCUAUAGGUUUCGAGGAGACCUCGGUUCCGGAAACUUCUCGCAAGUUAAGCUCGCCGUUCAUUGCUUGGUGAAAGAGAAGGUAGCGGUCAAGAUACUGGACAAGUCGAAGCUCGACGCCAAGACGCAGCGCAUGCUCCGACGCGAGAUCGCCAGCAUGGAGGAGCUCCACCAUCCCCACCUCAUACGCCUAUACGAAGUUGUAGAGACACUAUCCAGAGUAUACCUAGUCAUGGAGUUCGCUCCAGGUGGAGAGCUCUUUCACAAAAUCACCAGCGACGGACGCUACCCCGAAGCAGAUGCAAGGCUUAUCUUUGCCCAAAUUACUUCAGCCGUGGACCACAUGCAUCAGCAUAACAUACUACAUCGAGACAUCAAGGCAGAAAAUGUCUUCAUAGCAGGUCAUAACAUCGUCAAAGUGGGUGACUUUGGUUUCAGCACCCAAGUACGCUUCCGUGACGACGCUCUCAACACAUUUUGUGGUUCACCUCCCUAUGCAGCACCAGAGCUAUUCAAGGACGAAAGCUACAUCGGGCCGUACGUGGACAUUUGGGCUCUGGGUGUUCUCCUCUACUUCAUUGUGACGAGCACAAUGCCAUUCAAAGCACAAACUGUUGCUGCACUCAAGAAAUUGAUUCUUGACGGACAGUACCAGGUGCCCAACUUCCUUUCCGAACCGUGCCGAACAUUGAUAAGUGGAAUCCUCCAACAAGUGCCUCAGGAACGGCUGUCCAUAGCAGAUAUCAACAGUUCCGACUGGCUCAAAGGCCAAAGACUACCAGAAAGCUACCCAAAAUACAAUAUGUACCCCACUAUGGAACCAGGAGACCUUGUGUCCGACGAAGAGUACGAGACUCGCUUGCAGUUGCAUGACUUGGGUAUCACGGAAGACAUGAUGAAAGACUGCUCAGACAAAGGUGCCCGCAGCAGUAUUACGGGGGCUUACAGAAUUGUACUUCACAAGAUUCAGACUGCCCCACCUCCCGAUAUGGGAGACAGCGAAUCGGCAGGAACGGCUACGGGAACACCGUCACCUGGUGGCAAGGUCGAGAAGCUUUCUGCAAAGACCGAACGUCUCUUUUUGUCCAAAGGCCGCAGAUCAACAACAUGUGCUGUGUUGUGAUAGUGCUUGCAGCCAUUCCCUUUCGUUGUUGAACUGAUUUAGAUACUUCACACAUCUUAUCAACAUUCAUCAAGCCAUUGUCAUGUUGUUGAAAGUUUGCAUUGAAUGUGGAUGUCUCGUAAGGACUCACAUUUUUAGUGUCACCUAAUCAGUGCGAGUCGUCUCGAGACAGGACAUGGAUGGACCAAAAUUGCCGCAGUGGGACACGUGGACACCAUGUACAACAAGGGCGUAGCCGAAAUACUGCGACACAGUCAUCUUUUUGGCAGCUACAGACAUUGGUACAUUCAGUGGAGGUCAUAGCAACCAGCAAAGCUUAGAUGUGCAGGAAAUCUACAAAAAUUUGAACAAUCCACAUCCAAAAAUCGUGGAAAAUUACAUUCCUCUAUGCAUAUAUACUGAUCAUGGAACCGCCACACAUCACUAAAGCUUGAUGUCAAGUACAGGCUAUAUAAGUUGGAAAAAGAACAACAUUUUUUAACAGCCACUGAACAAUUUUUACAUCUGAAAGUGCUUUUAUGUCUUUGCACCAACACAUAUACCGUAAUAAAAUACCACAUGUAAAAUAUGAAACAUGGUCCAAAGAUGUGCAAAA